GCAUGCAGACAAAUUACAACGUCAUCGUCCUGCAAGCGAACUGACAUAUAAACAAACACUAAUACAACCUCAAUGACUGAAAAAUGGUCUCUGGAGUCUCAAAUCAUCAGCCAUUAAUGAUGUCUUUCAUCUUAUCCUCAUCCCUUAUACCCUUCCCAACUUCCCUCCGCCUUUCACCUCUCUCUUCCCGCCAUAACCUCAUGCCCGCCUCAACAAGCAGCCCGUUUUAUCACCAAAACACAACCUCGUUAUGCAAACCAUCUUUAAUAUCAAAGACCCGAAAUUUAAAGGUCCAUUCACAGCUUAGAUGCCCAAUCAUUUCUCCUGAAGAUCGUUGGGGCACUUGGGCUUCUCUCUUCGCCAUCGGUGCUUUUGGUCUAUGGUCCGAGAAAACAAAGAUUGGAAGCAUGGUGAGUGCGGCAUUGGUGAGCACAUUGGUGGGGCUGGCAGCAAGCAAUCUGGGCAUAAUCCCCUUUGAAGCACCGGCUUAUUCGGUUUACAUGCGGUUUUUGCUUCCAUUGGCUGUUCCUUUACUCUUGUUUAGAGCAGAUUUGCGGCGUGUAUUGCGCUCAACUGGCACAUUGUUACUUGCUUUCUUGCUUGGAUCAGUUUCAACUAUAAUUGGGACUCUAGUGGCAUUUUUAAUGGUGCCUAUGCGAUCUCUCGGUUCAGAUAAUUGGAAAAUAGCUUCUGCACUCAUGGGUAGUUAUAUUGGUGGAUCUGUUAACUACAUUGCAAUUUCAGAGGCACUCGGUGUUUCUCCGUCUGUUUUGGCUGCCGGAGUCGCUGCGGACAAUGUCAUUUGUGCUAUAUACUUCAUGGUAUUGUUUGCAUUAGCUGCGAAAGUAGCUCCCGAGUCUUCAACCUCGACCGAUGAUGUCGAAACAAAUUCAGAUUCUAAAAUGGAGAGCAAAAUCCCCGUUCUCCAAUCUGCUACAGCUCUUGCCGUAUCGUUUUCGAUAUGUAAGGUGGCCUCACAUGUUACGAAUUUAUACAACAUUGAAGGAGGCAUCCUUCCUGGAGUAACAGCUAUUGUUGUAAUACUAGCAACUUUAUUCCCUAAACAAUUUGGUGAGCUUGCAGCAGCUGGUGAUGCACUUGCUCUGGUUCUCAUGCAGGUAUUUUUUGGCGUGGUGGGUGCUAGUGGGAGCGUACGGAAUGUUAUCGAAACAGCACCAGGUAUUUUCUUGUUUGCCAUGAUUCAAGUGGCUGUACAUCUUGCGGUGAUGCUCGGGCUCGGAAAGCUACUCGGUUUUGACUUGAAGCUAUUGCUUUUGGCAUCGAAUGCCAACAUUGGCGGCCCAACGACUGCGUGUGGGAUGGCCACAGCUAAAGGAUGGGGAUCUUUGGUUGUCCCAGGGAUUCUAGCAGGCAUUUUUGGAAUAGCCAUUGCAACUUUUUUAGGCAUUGGCUUUGGAACAAUGGUUCUUAGGAACUUAUAAUGUAUUUUCAAGGGGGAUCCAAACAUAAUGGUAGAAUUGGUAAACCCUAUAUUUUUUACAUGAACAUGUCAUUUUGUUGCAACAUCGUCAAAGGAAAUUUUAAGCUACAAUUUGAUUAUA